CAACUCCCUGCUCGUUCAAACAGGAAGCAGAGUUGUGAUGUGGCCAACAUGCGAUGAAACAGAAAUGGAUGUGCAAGUAUUUUCUCUUAAAACCAUCGCUUUGCUGUUUUAAAAGCAUUAUUUGAAGAAUGAAAGGCUCCGCGUAUCAUCUUGUUAUUUGUCUUUUGUUGACGUGGCCAAAUUUGUUCACGACAGAACGAGUUGAGAGACAAAAAUCGUUGUUAGAUUUGCACGACAGAGACGAUGUUGGAUUGGAACAGGAUCAUACAAUUAUUCCUGAUGACAACAAAAAAUCCUCGAGAAACGAAGGAAAUAUAGCUGCUGCCAAUCCUCAACAAGACGGCCACGCAGAGCAAUCAACCAGCCUGUUAAAUGACACAGAUAACUCCAGUAAUGACACCCUCCACGCUACCACUGUGGGUGUCAAGGCAACCCCUAAGCCAACCCCAAAGCCCAUCCUGCCAGGUGCUGGGGUCAAGGCCCAGGAGGAGGAACAGUCUAGUGGGAUGACCAUAUUCUUCAGCCUACUGGUCAUCGGUAUCUGCAUCAUAUUGGUGCACCUGCUUAUUAAGUUCAAACUACAUUUUCUGCCGGAGAGUGUGGCUGUUGUGUCCUUAGGGAUCCUGAUGGGAGGCUUCAUAAAGAUCAUUGAGUUUCAUGAGCUUGCUAAUUGGAAGUGUCUAUUGGAGUCUGUGUCUGCCCCAGGUUCCCAGUACCCGUGCGUCUGCCCAAGGUUCCCAGUACCCGUGCGUCUGCCCCAGGUUCCCAGUACCCGUGCGUCUGCCCCAGGUUCCCAGUACCCGUGCGUCUGCCCCAGGUUCCCAGUACCCGUGCGUCUGCCCCAGGUUCCCAGUACCCGUGCGUCUGCCCCAGGUUCCCAGUACCCGUGCGCCUGCCCCAGUACCCGUGCGCCUGCCCCAGUACCCGAAGAGGAGAUGUUUCGUCCCAACAUGUUCUUCCUCCUGCUUCUGCCGCCCAUCAUCUUCGAAUCAGGAUACUCUCUACAUAAGGGUAACUUCUUCCAGAACAUUGGUUCCAUCACACUGUUUGCUGUCAUUGGGACAGCCAUCUCUGCCUUCAUCGUAGGUGGAGGGAUCUACUUCCUAGGACAGGCUGAUGUGAUCUACAAGAUGAGUAUGACUGACAGCUUUGCGUUUGGUUCUCUGAUCUCUGCUGUGGACCCCGUAGCAACCAUCGCCAUCUUCAAUGCCCUCAACGUGGACCCUGUCCUCAACAUGCUGGUGUUUGGAGAGAGCAUCCUCAACGAUGCUGUCUCUAUCGUACUCACAAAUACGGCCGAGGGCUUUGCCCGGGAUGAUAACUCCAUGGUAACGGGCUGGGAGACAUUCCUCCAGGCGUUGGGAUACUUCCUCAAGAUGUUCUUCGGUUCCGCUGCCCUCGGAACCCUCACCGGACUCAUAUCAGCCAUUUUUCUGAAACACUUUGACCUGAGGAAGACUCCGUCUUUAGAGUUUGGCAUGAUGAUCAUCUUUGCCUACCUGCCCUACGGCCUGGCAGAGGGCAUUAAACUCUCUGGUAUCAUGUCUAUCCUGUUUUCGGGGAUCGUGAUGUCACACUACACCCAUCACAACCUGUCUCCUGUCACUCAGAUCCUAAUGCAGCAGACCCUCCGCUCGGUGGCCUUCAUGUGUGAGACUUGUGUGUUUGCUUUCCUGGGUCUCUCCAUCUUCAGCUUCCCUCACAAGUUUGAGCUUUCCUUCGUCAUCUGGUGUAUAGUGUUGGUAUUAGUAGGUCGGGCCGUGAACAUUUUCCCGCUCUCCUACCUGCUCAACUUCUUCAGAGAUCACAAGAUCACGCCCAAGAUGAUGUUCAUCAUGUGGUUUAGUGGUCUGAGAGGUGCCAUCCCCUAUGCCCUGAGCCUUCAUCUUGGUCUAGAGCCAAUAGAGAAGCGCCAGUUGAUUGGCACCACCACCAUCAUCAUUGUCCUCUUCACCAUCCUCCUCCUCGGCAGUGGGACCAUGCCCCUCAUUCGCAUCAUGGACAACGAGGAGAGCCAAUCCCGACGCAAGAGCAAGAAGGACAUCAACCUCAGCAAGACUGAGAAAAUGGGUAAUGCCUUAGAGUUGGAGCACCUGUCUGAGUUGACAGAGGAGGAGUAUGAGGCUCAGAUCUUCCAGAGACGCGACCUGAAGGGCUUCAUGUGGCUGGACGCUAAAUACCUCAACCCAUUCUUCACACGACGACUCACACAGGAGGACCUCCUGCAUGGUCGGAUCCAGAUGAAAACUCUGACCAAUAAGUGGUACGAGGAGGUCCGACAGGGCCCAUCUGGUUCUGAGGACGUUGAAGACGAGAAUGAGCUACUCUGAACCCAACACACACGCACCUGAGUGUUGGUGAAUGGGCAGGAAGAUGAACAGAGCGUGUGUCCUGGAUUCCAUGUAUGAAACGACAGGAGACUGCAGAGAGGAACGCUUGUGGAGGAAAACCACUUGUUUCUGUUUCUUCCUUGCAUGUGUCACCUGUGUGUUUUUGACCACUAAUGACUAGUUUCAUUCUCUGUGGAUGACACCACUCUGCAGCCCCCUCUUCACACCACUACCACUCCUCUACAAUGGAGCACACUAUUUGAUUUGAGCCAAUCCAAAAUGCACUGUCUGUGAUGUCUGACAAACCGGGUGAAACUGGGAACUGGCGAUCACACAUGAAUUUGCCAUUCUACCAUGUAAUGAUACUGAAAUUGUUUUGACAAUGAGGCUUUUCCAUAUGCCAACAUGUUCCUACUCAGCUCUACACAGUAACUACAGAUAAGGUACAUCGAACAUUGAUUGAAUCGAGGCUAAAGGAUAGUGGCCAAAUUCUGGCCCUUAUGUGUCUAUGUAGUUACAUUUACUUUUUUUCCAAGAAAACAGAUUCCAUGUAACUGCAUUUUAUUUGAGAGGUUUUGAUGACUAGGGAUAGAAAAGCAGGUUGAAAGGAACUCCUGUGAAGAGAAUAGCCUCUAGCAAAGCAAUAUUGGAGUUACUGUUUAGUUCACCUUUCAAUGUGCUUUUACAUAUACUGAUAACUGAUGUUCUGGUAACACAAUUUGAAUGUUUGCUUUAUAAACUACUUAUAAGCAUUAUUGCAAGAAUGUUUUUUGUUGUUCUAUUAUACCAGGUAAUAUUAUAACUUUAUGUAGUUAUGAUUAUUUAAUUAUAAUUGUGAUAGUAGUUGAAAACAGUUUAUAAGCAGGAUCUUUAAUAAGGUGAUAUCAGAGUUUUUUUCUUCUUCAUGUGAAUCACUUUGAUGGAGACUAGGCACCAAUGAAUGUCUGGGUGGCGGGGAGGGUAGGGUGAGGUCUUUUUGAGUUUAUAUUUAAUUUUAUUUGUUGCUGGGAUGAAGGCUUUUCUGUAAACUCUUGUUACACUGGGCAUUGCUGAAUAACACGAUGAUAAUGUGGUAUUUUUAAUUUGAGAGAAAUUGGCUUGGAGUUAUGCAUAAUACAAACAUGGCUUGUCAUGUGA